GGAUCCUCAAGCAAGUGACAUCGACCUCACGUUUCCCUGGAACUCGGUGUGCAACACGUUCCUGGUUCCUCGGCCAGAACGUCUCAAGAAACUCAGCGCCAUCUUCCUACCGUUCAGAUCAUCUCUGUGGGGUUCACUUACUGCCGCCACAAUGUUCGUAGCUACCGUGAUGUGGCUCCUAGCUCGACUCAGUCCCCCAGGUGCACUAAAUACCACUGAAGGGCGUCUUAGCUGGUGCGACUAUUUGUUGGCCGUGCUGGGCGUUCUGACAAUGGCGAACCCAGCAACAUCACAACAUCGGCUGUACGAAGUAAGGCAUGUGCUGAAUUCGUGGGCGGUGUUUACUCUGCUGAUAACUACAGCAUAUUCCAGCGGACUGGUGUCCCAUUUGACUGUUCCCACAUAUUCCAAGCCGUUGGACACAAUCCGAGCAUUGGUCGAAGCGGACAUAUAUUGGAGCUCAGCAUAUUACCCCGCAGUGGAGAUCCUAUUCGAUAUCGAGAACUCAUGGCAUAGUCGUUUCAUACGCAAAUUCCAGUUAUACAACGAAGAAUCCCAUCAUAAGAGACCACACACACAUGCAGCACUAGGCUACGUGCUAGAAGGGAAACCGCCAUACUACCUUGAAGGAACACCUGUGUCUCGAGAAGAAAUGACAGAACUUCGUGUGAUGCGGGAGUGCAUCAGCCGGUACUUCAUCUCAUUGGGACUUUCCAAGAUGUCGCCAUACACAACAGCAUUCAAUGAGGUGCUAGUUCGUCUGAUAGAGACUGGAAUUGUGCAGUACUGGAAAAAGAGCAUUCUGUACCGAAGUGUGGAUCCGAUCAUAACAAGGCUGUUCGACAAAACUGGAAAGAAGGAUGUAAGGCCAGAAAUGUUACGAAUGGAGAAUGUUCAAGGAGCCUUUCUGCUGCUGUGUGCUGGAGAUAUGAUAUGCAUACUUGUGUUCAUUGCUGAGUUAUCUCUGAAAUGCAUUCUGAACAGCCACAAUGUAAAUCAGAUUGCACACGUAACAUAACGGGAUUUCGGAAACUUGUACAAUGUUCGAACGAGAAAAGUUUGAAGAGCUCCUUGUGACUUAACCUCAUGUAGUCCUGUGAACGUAGACCGACGUCAUAUUCCGAAAGAUGGAACUCUUCAUAGCCACCGCUAAGAGAAUCUCAGACCCAAUACAUCACAAACGUGAAUGUCAUAAUACCAAAAUGGUGCAAUCACUCGCAAUUCUGAGGAAUUUGUAUCUCCAUUGUAAGAGUUAUUUAAGAGUUGAAAUUGUCUGUUUGUAUUUCUGGAUAAAAAGAGCCACGUAAAAUGCGACUAAUGAGGUGGCUGACUAGCACAAAUGUGGAGUUCUCAAGAAUAAAUCUUCUGGGGUGUCACACAAUACCGUUUGAAUGAAGAUGGAGGCAGCAGAUUCCUCCGAAACAUCUUUUCCUACCCACCGUCUACACCA